AUGAUCUUCCUAACAUGUAGCCUUGGAAGCAGCGAGCAUUCGAGUAGCACUUUUCAAAUCCAUAUGCUAAUUCCUAUCAAAAAAACAACACAGAUCACAACCAGGCAUGAAAACGAAGCAUGUAAACACUUUCAUGAAAUCACCCAAGAUCUGCCCACAAACAGCUUGGAACCACACACAAGCACUAUGUUCAACCAGUCAUCUGGAGUGGUGGAAUUCCUUCUGUAUGGAUUCUCUGAUACUCAGGAAUGGGAGACAUUUCAUUUCAUUACUUUCCUGGUCAUUUAUCUGAUGGCUGUCACUGAAAACCUUCUCAUCAUCACAGUCAUCACCUGCAGUCCUCAGCUUCACAAACCCAUGUACUUCUUUCUAGCCAAUCUGGCAUUCCAAGACCUUGGCUCUAUAUCUGUCUCAGUUCCCAAAUCCUUGUCAAAUUCCCUGAUGAACACAAAGACCAUUUCAUACAAUGGAUGCAUCUGCCAGGUUUUCUACUUUAUGUUCUUCACUGUAUCUCAUUUUUUCCUCCUUGGCAUCAUGGCAUAUGACCGCUACUUUGCUAUCUGCAAUCCUCUGCACUAUGAGACUGCGAUGAACAGAAAAGCAUGUGUCAAAAUGGCAAUCAGUGCAUGGAUUACUGGGCUUAUCUAUUCCACAGUAUAUACUGGCAGUACAUUCACAAUUGAGUUCUGUUCUAAUGACAUCAGUCAGUUUUUCUGUGAAAUUCCACAGUUAUUCAAAAUUGCUUGCUCUGAUUCAUAUCUCAUCGCAUUUUGGGUUAUUUGUGUUGGUGCGUCUCUGGCUUUUACAUACUUUGCUCUGAUAGUUUAUUCUUAUGUUCAGAUCUUCAGGGCAGUUCUCAGAAUUCCUUCUGCCCAGGGAAAGGAAAAGGCCUUCUCAACUUGCCUGCCACACCUUAUUGUAAUAUCUGUAUAUUUUGCCAGUGGUUCAUUUGCCUAUCUAAAGCCAACUUCUGGGUCCCUAUCAGCCAUGGAUCUUGUGGCUUCUAUGUUCUACUGCAUGUUGCCUCCAGUUAUAAACCCUAUAAUCUAUAGUAUUCGGAAUAGGCAACUGAAAUCAGCAUUGUGGAAGUUGACUGCAAAAUUUUUCACCCCAAUUUUUCUUCCCCAAUUUGCAAUAUGUUUCUCUUCCUGUAAAAAUAUAGUAAAACAUUUUUAA